AUGAGUUCCAAGCCCAAUUUUCUCAUUAUUGUUGCCGAUGAUCUUGGUUUCACCGAUGUAGGUCAGUUCGGCGGUGAAAUUGAUACGCCCAACCUAGAUGCUCUUACUGGAGAUGGAUUGAGGUUUACCGGGUUUCAUACUGCCUCUGCAUGCUCCCCUACAAGGUCAAUGCUUUUCUCUGGUACCGAUAACCAUUUAGCGGGCCUUGGUCAGAUGGCCGAAUUUGCAAGGGACUUCCCAGAGAAAUUUGGCGGCAAACCAGGUUAUGAGGGCUAUUUGAACUUCAAAGUUGCUGCAUUAAGUGAAAUCUUGUCGCCCGAGUACUAUACCAUUUUGUCGGGUAAAUGGCAUUUAGGUCUUGAUGAGCCGUAUUGGCCCGAUAAAAGAGGUUUUGAACAGAGUUUCAGCUUGUUGCCAGGCGCUGGGAACCAUUACAAGUUUAACUUACAGGAAAAGCAGUUUCUCCCAUCGAUCUACCAAGAGAACGGACGUCUUUUGGACGCGGAAAAGGAACUUCCAGAUGAUUUCUACAGUACUGAUUACUUUACUACAAAGUUCUUGGAUUACUUAGAGGAUGAAAAGCGGAAGGAUAGACCAUUUCUAGGUCUUUUGACGUAUACGGCGCCUCACUGGCCUCUGCAGGCGCCUCCGAAGACAAUUGAAAAAUACAAAGGUGUCUAUGAUAAGGGUCCAUUGGAACUGCGUAAGAAACGUUUGCAAAGGGCUCAAGAAUUGGGAAUCGUGCCACCGGACGUAGUCCCCCACUUGGUGGAAACUAUCAGUGAAGCAGGUUGGGAUGAAUUAGACGAAAAGACCAAGGCUUACAGUUCUAGAGUCAUGGAGACUUAUGCCGCUAUGGUGGACGAGUUGGAUCAGCAUAUCGGUAGGGUGAUUAAUCAUUUGAAAAAGACGGGCGAAUUUGAAAAUACUGUUAUCAUGUUUUUAUCAGAUAAUGGUGCGGAAGGUAUGAUGAUGGAGGCGCUACCAUUUGGUGGUAAACUGUUCAAAGAUAGAAUCAGUGCAAAGUACGACAAUUCUUAUGAGAAUAUUGGCAGAGGAGACAGUUUUGUGUACUACGGUGACAUGUGGGCCCAGGCGGCAACCGCGCCAAGGUACAUGUACAAAAUGUGGGCAAGCGAGGGUGGUAUCAACUGUCCUUUGAUUUUCCACUAUCCGAAAUUGCACGGAGAAGGCGGCAAAAUAACCGAACAAUUUACCACGGUCAUGGAUAUCUUGCCAACGGUACUAGAUUUAUCCAAUGUCCCACACCCGGGGACUACAUUCCAGGGAAGGCAAGUUUACAAACCCAAGGGUAAAUCAUGGGUACCGUAUCUUGCAAAGUCUUCUGACAGGAUUCACGACGAAGAUACUGUUACCGGUUGGGAGUUGUUCGGUCAAAGGGCCAUUAGAAGGGGUCCUUUCAAAGCCCUUUAUAUCCCAAAGCCGUUUGGAUCAGGCGCAUGGCAAUUGUUUGAUGCCUCAAAAGAUCUAGGAGAAAUUAACGAUUUGAGUGGACAACUGCCGGAGAUUCUCGAAGAGCUCCUCGGUCACUGGUCCACAUAUUGUGCAGAGACUGGUCUGGUAGAAUUAGAAGAAUUGCCUUCUAAAGACAACGUUAAAUUUAGAGUGAUUCAAGACAAUUGA